UGUAUUCUGUGUUCUUUAAUAAAAAAAAAAUGGUUUUGCGAUGUCAGAAAUUCUGAUAAUAUUUUAUAUUUUUUACGCUACGGAAUACUGUGAUUUCUUAUUAUUGUAACAUAAAAUUGUCAUGAAAUCGUUUUGUGAGAGAUGAGUGUCUUCGGGGACUUUCAACGCGUUUGGGUGCAACGUUUUCCAGAGAGUGCUUUACCUGCCGCUUGGGAGGAAGAUGUGAGGGCCAAUUUGGCUAAACAUAAACAGAAAGUAGCUAUCCUUAGAGAGGAGUUAGAAAAAGAAGAGUUUUACGUUGAAUAUUUAGAAACUUUGCUGUCCGACGUCGAGAAACACAAAGCGAUACAGGGAAGUAGAACGGUACCGCCCUCAGGGGCUGACACGAAUGAUGAUAAGACAUCUGAUAGCAAGCAGGACUGUGACUCACUAUCUAAGAAAAGUGAAACAAGUUUAAAGAGUGAUGACUCAAUAGAAGCUCCAGAAUGUGAAGAGGUCCACUUAAGAAGCAAACCAGUAAACUUUGCUGAAAGGAGCUCAGUGAAUCAAUGUAUAAAUGAACUCUCUUCAAACCUUGCAGCCGAGGCUGCUCGGAGACGGUGCAAUAGUGAAAUUGUACAACGAACUGAUAUUGAUAGUAAUGUAGAUCUAGGAACAACAAAUAAAACUCAAAAUAAAACCCGUCCAGCGUCACAAGCAGGUGAUUUUGUAACAGUUAUUGAAGUGAAUGGUUUGAAAGCUGCAGAGAAUGCCGCCAAGAAGUCAGAUGAUUCACCACAAUCAUCAGAAAGUAGUUCUGCAGAGGCGACAGCUUCUAAAAAGAAAGUGCCACCAAAGCCACCACCAAAAGUGUUCAGCAAAAGAGGUGCAUCGUUACCUGAAACAGGUUUAUCGGAAGACAGUCCACCUUCAUCCUUAGGACGGAGACUGCGAAAUGCUGAGUCAAGGGAAUCAAUUGGCAGUCGGGCCUCCACACCAUCCAUUAGUGAGAGAGUCAAAAGUUACGAAUCAAUUAACUCACUAUCGUCGGAACGCAAACGCUCCGGCGGUGCGGCGACCCCUAGAUCCAUAGACGAAGAAGUGACGUCCACAACACCCGACCUGCCAGACGCUUCCGAUGAUAAAUCCGCUCCCAUAUCAUUGGAAAGCAUACCAGCCGCGGUACCUUCGACUGAAGACGAGCCUUAUUACGAUCAAGUACCGGUCGAUAUUAAUGACGGCGAAUAUGUUUAUAUACAAGCAGGAGGGGCGGGCUCUAGUACCGAGGACGGGUCGAGUGGUACAAGCACGUUGCCGCUCAGCACUUGCACCGCGUCCGCGCCGCCCGCCCCCGACUCGCCGCUCUGCGCCACCGCGCCCAACUACGUCAACAUACACUACUUCAUACAACAAGCGGGGGAAGGCACGGAGCCUAGCGAGACCAGCUCGGAGCUGGCCGAUUCCAGCGACACCCCGCUGCUGUUGCGAACUAUUUCCUCCGACACCGAAGCAGGCGCGACGCCACCUGUUUUAAGAAAGCUUCAGCACCAGGAAUCCAAUAUCAGCAACAAUGCAGAGGCCGAGCGACUUACUAUGCAUCGAUGUAUCGUCACAAGCAUUAUAGAAAGCGAAACUGUCUAUGUAGAAUGUCUCUAUGUUAUGGAGAAGUAUAUGAAUGCUAUCAAAGCAACACUAUCCACCUCGCAACCUGUGAUAACCGAAGAGGAGUUCGGUACAAUAUUCUACAAGAUAUCGGAAUUACAUGAAUUGCAUAAAAAUUUUCUCGAGGGUCUAAAGAAUGCCGUCGCAAGUUGGGAAGAGCCUCUAUCUGUUGGCAUUCAUUUUAAAAAGAUGGCUGAAAACAUUAACGUAUACGGAGCGUUCCUCCACAACUACGGUAGAGCAACGGACGCGGUGCGACGCCGGUGCGCGAGUUCGCAACGCUUCUCGGACCUGACGCGCGAGAUCGCGUGUCGCGGCCAGCCCGUGUCGCUCGACGACCUGCUGCACAAGCCUGUCGCGCGCGUACAGAAGAACGCGCUGGUCCUGCAUGAUCUCAUUAAAUACACACCGGCCAGCCACCCCGACCACGCGAUGUUGACGGAGGCGCUCAACAUGACCCAGCAUUUCCUUGACGAAUUCAAUAUCAUACAAACAAAGUCUAUGUUUCCGAACGCCGACCGUGCACAAAGAAGGCUCGUCAAGAAUUCAUUUAUUGUAGAACUGUCAGAUGGGCAUCGAAAACUGAGGCAUCUAUUUCUUUUCAAUGACGUUAUAGCUUGCGCCAAAUAUAAGGCGUCCGGUAGAGAUAAGUUCACAUUCGAAUUGAAAUGGUUCAUACCACUUCCGGACAUAGUGGUGGUGGAGGACGAAGGCACCAAUAUCGCCGCGGAGAGAGAAACCUCCCCUGCUAACAUAGUCGCACUCAAGUCGCAAGCCUGCACCGUACGCGACCUUAUACUUGCGGAGGAAAGGGGAUUGCAGGAUGAUAAGAAAAUUAGACUGGGCGGUCGAGGUGCAGCGGAAAAGCAGCGCAAGAAACUCGCAGAGCUAGAAGGACAACUGGUACUGGCGUCGCCUAACUUGGUGUUCCGCGUGGGAGCGCGCGCGCCCGGCUCCACGGCCCUGCAGCGUCAGCACGUGUUCUUCCUCAGCUCCGAGUACGAGCGCACGCAGUGGAUCGACUCCAUACACGCUUUACAGGCAUCUUCAGCGCCGCCCGCGGGGACGAGCACGGUAUCGAUGUUGGAGCUGCAGAGCUGGGUUACGGCGUGCCGCAGCUACUUACAGACCGAUAUGGGCUCGUAUCUCUUGCGCAGUGGACGGGAUGACUCCUUGCUCUUAGGGGACCUUCAGCUGCACAUAGGAGGCAUGACCGCGCCUUUGGAUACUGCCGCAGAUUAUUACAUAGUGGUAGAAGUGGAUUCGUACGGCCACUACUUCCGCAAGGCCAAGUCGAAGCUAGUUUGCCGCAGCGCGCAGCCUCGCUGGAACGAGAGCUUCACGCUCGACCUCGAGGGCUCGCAGAACUUGCGCCUGCUGCUGUACGAAGACGCCGCGCGCCCCGUGCUGAGGGGGAAGUGCACGGUUAAGUUAUCGCGCGAGUGGGUGGGCGACAGCGUGUCGCGGACGGUAUGCGUGGGCGGCGGCUCGCUGCCCCUUCGCGUGCGCGUGCUGCCGCCCGAGCGCUCCGCACGCCACGUGCCCAGCGCCAAGCCGGGCGCGCUGUUCGGCGCAAAGAUCACGCACGUGGCCAAACGUGAGAAGCGCAACAUCCCGUUCAUAAUAAGCGCUUGCGUGCGCGAGGUGGAGCGGCGCGGCAUCGGCGAGGUGGGCAUCUACCGCGUAUCCGGCAGCGCGUCCGACCUCAACCGCCUGAAGAAGAGCUUCGAGACGAAUGCAUAUGAAGCAGAGCAGCUACUGAAAGAGGUCGACGUCCACUCGGUGACGGGCGUCCUGAAGUUGUACUUACGCGAAUUGCCCGAAGCGUUAUUCACUGACGCGCUGUACCCAGAGUUGUUGCGUGCGUGGGGCUCAACGCAGGGUGCAGGUGCGUCAGCGGAUUCGGGUCCGGCGCAAACGAGGCGACACGCACUUUUGAAGUGUUACGCACAACUGCCAGAUCUCAAUAAGAAUUGUAUCGACUUCCUUCUGAACCAUUUUGUAAAGGUGAACCAGCACGAAAGCGAGAACAAGAUGUCGUUGCACAAUCUAGCGACAGUGUUCGGGCCCACGUUGCUCCGACCGAGCGCUCAGGGCGGCAAGCUUCGAGCCGACCAACUCGCGGCCGGGACCGUCGACGCCAUGGCUCAGGCCGGCAUCCUCUACACUCUGCUGCAACAGCGGCACCUCGCGCAGCAGUUGUCGGCGCAUCGCCCGCACGCCGGCAACACUCCGCAACUAUUGGACUGAAUCACCUCAACCCCCAUUAUAUUGAAUGUUUUCACUGCCUCCCUGACGUAGCUGCCCAUCUAACGGCGGACUUUCGAUUGGAGCGUUGUGGCGUCAGCGACUCCGCAACACAGCGUCAGACUAAUGUACCAUGCGAACAUUAAUCAUCUGUUGCUCUGUCGCGGGCGACUGGCGCCACAUACCCUCGACUCGAUGUAAUUCUAUACGUUCUUUUGCUUUGCGUCACGUUUCACCUUGUCACGUCCACUAGAACCUAGCAAAUACAAAGUGCUCAGUAGGGUUAGUAUAAGAUGCAUCUCACCAACGUUGUUAGAAUUCCAGCGUCGAAACACUAUCUUUAUAGAAAAACGGGACCCUAACUGCCUUGCCAUGAUGGUCUAUUUUGUCCAUACAUCUGCAGCAGCCAGUGCUCCAAGCGAAAUUAAUAUCGCUGGUAUUGUAUGUUCUGGAGUGGAGACUGCGUACCGGUAAGUACGACGGCAGUGUGGGACGACCUCCUGCCCGCUGGACCGAUGACCUGAAGAAGGUGGCGGGGAGCGGGUGGAUGCGGAAGGCGGAGGACCGUGUUUGUUCCGCGCUCUUGGAAAGGCCUAUGUCCAGCUGUGGACGCAUACAUGGAUUGGAUUGGUAUUGUAUUUUUGCCUUUCAAUUAAAAAAAUCUAAGGUUCAUUUUACUGACGUUAUUGUGUUUCAAUGCUCGAAUUCUUUUAAGGUAGGUGAAAUGUAAAAUUUCAUACACUAACCCUACAGGGGAGACAAGCACCGCAACGCUAUGAUGCAUGCAACUAUUGAACUAAACCAUGGGUUACCAGAUGACAUAAUUUUACUUGACACAUCAGCAAUUAAGGCCCUUUGUCUGUCCUGAAUCUGACAUUUUAGUCACAUUAUUUUUGCAAUAAAAAGUUCUUAGAAUAAAUAAAUGGUUUCACAUAUUUAUAUGAGAGUUACAAUUGUAUUUUCCAUUGGAGGAUUGUUAAUUUUAAAAUUUAUAAUGUCUAUAAAAAUAUUAUUGGUCUUUCAAAAUUCUAUUAUAUGAAACAAUAAAAACUAACAACACAAAUGCCCCUGAAAGCAAGUCUUAAGUAUUAUCUCAAUAAAUGACAGAAAUUUUUCUUUGUAAUCAGAGAUUUUGUACAUAUCUCUGUAUUUGUGUAUAUGGUAUUUGUAUUUUUGUAUAUAUGAUAUUUAUUUUAUAUCUGGUAACCCUGAUUAAACCCCAAACCCACCCUCGGAUUUUCCAGCUCAUAAAAGCUACGAUGUUUAUCAGAAAAAUCCCACAAUAUUAACUGAAUGGCCCAAAACUGCCCCCGUCGUAAUGUCAAGUUGAUGUUACGUACAUUUUAUUUAUUGAUCGUGCAUCUAUUUAAUAUUAAGCUAAAAGAUUUUUAAUUUUAUUUAUAUAAGCUCUAUAAAAACUUACUUUAGUCACAAAUUACAAAAAUAUGCCUAAAGAGUAUUUAUUUCAAGGUCAUAUUAACAAAAGAACAAUGGGCAAAAUAGCCUCUUCAAUUUUUUUUAAUAACCAUAAUGAAACAUGUAGUUUGACCCAAAGCUUAAACUUAUUUAGGAAAAGUUUUUCACAACAACCCAACCACAUGCGGCUUAGCAAAGAGUCAUUUUGAUUAAUGAGAUAUAAAAACCAUUUUAAAACUGGUUCUAAAUGGUCAUUAUUCUUAGUCCUAGUUUAAAAACUAAGAAAAUAUAACUACCAGAAUAUCUGUCUCCCACUCUGCACCCUCCAUUCCCUUUGUACAUAAUAUAGGUACAUAUGUUUAUUAUCUUUCUGUGUAAGCCAGAUUCAGAAAUAGGCGCAAUGAGGACCAUUUUGCCCAUUACUCUUUAUGCCAAAAUUCAGCAAACUAUUUUGGAAACAAUUUUCGCCAUCAAAGACUUCCGCAGUUGCCACUUAACUAGUAUUUUUUCCAGUCCAGCUAUUUAUUGAACUGGUGAUAUUUUUAAUCUUGUAAGAGUGUUUUUUAAGAGCAGAAAGUUGAUGUAUUAAGUUUUGUAAUUAUAUUGCGAUACGAGUGCAAACGUAAGAUUUUUAUGUUAUUAUUAUAUUAUAUACCACUGUGUUUGUAUUAUUAUAAAUACAAUAUUUAGCAUGCCUUAUACAUUUGCAAUCCACGUUAAGAAGCAUUCCAUUCAAAAUAAAACAGACUGAAUAUAUUCAUUAGGAAUUAUAAUUUGCACAAACCUUAGCAAGUAGAAAUUGUUAAUUUUUGGGCUGAAACUUAUUUGCCUGACUUAAUAUAUUAGAAGUUUAAUUAGAAAAAUAAACAUACCUUUAGUAAUGAAUAUUCAAUUUUAUUAUUGAAAGUACCUUUCUUGCACAUUUUUAGGUUUUAUUUUCAAAUGUUGAUUUUAAAUUUUUUUGGUAAAUGAGUAUGGAUGACAUAAGUUUUAAUUAAAAGGAAAUUUAAAAUUUUAGUUUUAUAAAGCCCUUACAUAUUAUUUGAAUUGUAAUUUUUCCCAUCUCAAUUUAAAUUUCUUGUUCUUUAAUAAUAUUUAAAACAUUCCUAAGUAAACAAGUAAUUCAGAAAAUUACAUUUAAGAUUUUUAUAAGUAUUUACUAUUUCAAAACAUAAGACAAUUUGUAUCACCCCAUUACUAUAAUAUAUAAUGUGCAUUGUGUUCUUAGACUGAAUAUGUAAGCACUUUAAUUGCAAUUCAUAAAGUAUUAAAAGGGACCGAAAUCUAAAAAAAUAUAAGCUUAACAAUACAAUGGACUGAUAAUAAUAACAUUGUAAAUUAUUUAAUUUUCAAAAAUCUUUAGUAAUUAUACUGUAAAAUGGAAUGCAUCAAUUAGAAAGUCAAUAAAAUUUUAAAUAACACUGUGAAUGCACUGUUUUACAUAUUGUAGCAUUUAAAUUGCUAGUCUUGCAUAUUAAAUAUUUUAGAAUUAUGUUUCAUACCAUAAAUCUUUAGUUCUUUUAUUUGCCUGCAAUAAUAUUUUUGUCUGCAUAUAAAAGCUGAUUCUAGUUUACAGCUAUUAUUGUUUUUACAAGUAGUUUAUAAUGAUGUUAAUUUAGUACUUAAUAUAAAAAACAAGCUACCAAAAACAAAUGUUCUAGAACAAAGUUUUUUCUUUCAAAGUUCUAAUGAUUUUGUUGAAUUCACUAUUACUUAUUCUUAUUCAUUUGUUAAUAAUAAUAUAUUUGUCACUUAGGAUAGAAAAAUAUCUUUUUAACUAUAAUUAUUAUUAUAAAUCAUUAUAAAUAAUCAAGUUUUCUUUCUCACCAAAGAUCCACAUUACUGUAGUGACACACUUGUAAUGAAUUUUUGUUGAAAAUCUAUAGAAUUUUGACAAGAAAUAGGAUUGGCCAACUUUCUGACAAAUAUUUUUGGUAUUUGUAAAUUCAUAUUAAAAAACUAUUAUGCAUUAUUUACCGUCAUUAUAUUAUUUGGUAAUGCUUUACCAGAUCAUAACCACAAAGUUCAUUAUGAACACAUACAUUUCUAUGGGCAAAAAUUGGAUUUUUUUUUUAUUGUUUUAGCUCUUCGAUCUCACAAAGUCCACUCAGCUAUACUAUUGGCUGAAAUUAAUAAUCCAUCUAUCUAUUAUUUGUUGAUAACAUAAAUUGGUUACUUAUAAUCUAUUUUUUAAAUACAGCAUUUGUAGAUUACAGCAAUGUUAUUAGUCAAAAAUUGUAUGGUCUCUUUUGACAAAAUAGCAACAUUGCUUAGUAACUUAUCAACUGAUUAUAUUAUUUACAGGUAGAUUAUUAAUUUUAGCAGUAAGACUAAAUAGAUAGAAUAAAUAUAGCUAAACAGACUUUGUGAGUCAAAAUCAAACAUGCUAAUAUAAUAAAGCAACAUAGUAAUUUUUACAAAAUAAUGGUUAAGGGACAUCACAGAAGAUUUUUAAUAGUUUAGAGUAAUUUAUACACUUUGGUAAUAACCUGCUAUUAUUAAAAAAAAAAACUUAAUAUACCCAUUGCAAUGAUUUACAAUCAUGAAGUAUAAUUAAUUUAUUAUUUAUACAAUA